AGACGUGUUCGAGAGCUUUAGAACGUUGUUUGCAAUUGCGGAAAGCGGUAGCGAGGCUAGAGAUACGGCCACGGCGAUAGUUUUAAAGCUAGUAAAGAAAAGAAAAGAGUGCAAGAUGCAAGAAUAGCCGCAGCCAGUAUUUAAUUGAGGAAUAUUAUCGGAGUCGGCGCCCCAAAGAGCCAGGAGAAUAAGUGUAACUGAAUUAUAUUGGCAGGCCAAAAAAUAAGUAUAUAACAUACAAAAUCUGAACACUCCAACAUCUCCAAUACACCGUGAACUUUUAACAAAAAAAAAAGAAAGAAAGGGAAAAAGGGAAAAAGAAACGCCGAACGGUUGGCCAAAAUGUGAAAAUUCAACAAAUAACUCAAACCGAAGAAUCAAAUGAUUGACAUAGAAACGCAACGCAACUCAAAAUCGGCUAUAAAACCAGCACAUUUUAAUCAAAUAUGGGAAAAAUAAAUAGAAAAUAGAAUAAAUAUAUAUACAUAUAUAUAUAUACUAUAUGUAUAUGCUGAAAGCGAAAGCGAGAGGAGAAGAGAAGAUCAUAAAAUACAUAUUUUAUGACAAAUUUUUUGCAUAUUUUUUUUACUGUUUGGCCAAAAAAACAACAAACUGAGUGUGUUCAUAAAGCAGUACAAUGUAAAAUUAUACGCCAGUCUAAACAAACGCAAGGAUAACCAGUAAUUAAAUAAAUAAAUAAUUAGUUUAAACUGAAAAACUAAACUCCUUCGAUGGAUUGUGGCGAAUUUCGAAUUCCGAAUUUCCGUAGCACCAAAGGACAUCGCUUGCUCAGAACUUGGGGCGGAUUUUGAUGCAUUUUAAUCCUGCUACGGUUGUUACAGAAAAAAAGGCGUUUUUGCUAAACGCUCCAGAGAGUGAAUAUUAGAUUUGAUUUUUAUAUCCAUUAUCUUGUUUAUUUUCCGAGCUUCCUUGAGCCCAGCCAAGCCAAGCCAAGCCAGUUCGCCGUGUGAUGAAUGCACAAUCCCAGCAGAAGAAUCUGCAAGCCAUUGAGAACCAGAAACCAGAAACCGAAACCAAAUCACAGCCUCAGUUACGAAAGCAAAAGCAAAAGCAAAGGAAUAAGCGAAAGCUAAAGCAAAACCACUGCCACUGACACACAGCAAAGCCCUAUACCAUAUAACAUAUAACAUAUACCAAAUACCAAGUGAGAAGUGCUGGAUGGUGUAGAACUGCAAGGAGAUUACUGCAAAUCAAUUCGCUGCCCAAAGAUACUGGGUUACCGAAAGUUAACUAAUGCAAACGGAUAGUUUUUAAGUACCAUAUGAAGGCAGUUUUCUAUAAAUUAUUACUGAGAGCAAGAGCAAGAGCAAAGGCAAGAGCAAGUAGGAGAGAAAACUAAGACUUAGAAGUGGGGCUGCUGGAUUGGACAACUUCACUUUUGAUCACAAUAUCGCAGCCGCCGUCAUGUGGAUGAACAUCGCCAAUUUGAUCCUCAUCAUUGCUCAGCUGUGCGCUUUCGUCACAUCUGCAGGGGAAGCAGAUUACACACUAGAUGAUUCAUUUUGGAAUGAAGAAAGUCCUGUUGGAGAAGUGGAACGUUUACUUAAAGAAUACAGGCAAAAUCAAGAGCUUGUCCGUCGAAUUGGUGGUCACUAUUACCAAAUUAUAUAUCCAGUACAACUGCGCCAUCACGAGAAGAUGGGCAUAUCCACGCGAGAAGUCAGUCUGCCAAAGCCGGGACAAAGACCUCGACCACACGACGACAGUGGAUUUAACAGAGGCAGAACAAAGAAACACUUUCAUCGCACAUCGCUGCUAAUAAAAGCAUUUAAUCACAAAUUUCGUUUGGACUUGGAGCUCAAUUCACAACUUCUUUCUCCAAACAUACAACAGAAACAUUACCACGUGGGUGGAUAUCUUGUGGAUGGAAACCGACAUGAUAUCGAGCACUGUUACUACCAUGGGACCGUGAAGGAUUAUCCUGGUGCCAGCGCAGCUUUCCACACCUGCAACGGUGUAAGUGGCGUCAUUCACAUCGGCAACGAGACGUUCGUCAUUCACCCCUUCUAUGGCGGAGAUCUAUCGAAACAUCCCCAUGUGAUUUUCGAGGCCCGCACAAAGGCGAACAAAGGAUGCGCCAACUCGGGCAAUCUGGACUCGUGGCGGCUGUCGCGUCGCACAAAGCACUUGUCCGCCGGAGUCGCGGGCGUCGUCGAGGAGAUCCUGGGCCCGAGUGCGGGGCGGAACAAGCGGGACGUCCGGGAGGCCACCAAGUACAUUGAGACCGCCAUCAUUGUGGACAAGGCGAUGUUCGAUAAGCGGAAUGGCAGUACUCGAGCGGAGGUUAUCCACGAUGCCAUACAGGUUGCCAACAUAGCCGAUCUGUACUUUCGCACUCUGAAUACCCGUGUGUCGGUUGUGUACAUCGAGACCUGGGGCAAAAAUCAGGCGGUUAUCGAUGGCAGCAAGGAUAUAACCAAGGCGAUAUCCAACUUUAAUGAUUACACCUCGCGAAAUCUGUUCCAAAUCGAGCGGGAUACAACGCAGCUACUCACUGGCGAGACUUUUGCGGGCGGAGAGGCUGGCAUGGCCGUUCCCGAAACUGUUUGCACACCCCGUGCUGUGGGCAUCAGCGUGGAUGUGAAUGUGUACGAGCCGCACCUUUUGGCGGGCACAAUGGCCCACAUGAUUGGCCAUAACAUCGGCAUGGGACACGACGACGGACGCGAGGAGUGCUUUUGCCGUGACUGGCACGGUUGCAUCAUGGCCCAGUCGAUUGUGGGCCAGGAGAAUGUGCAGCCAUACAAAUUUUCCGAGUGCAGUAAAAAGGAUUACAUUGACGCAUUGCGGACUGGCCACGGACUGUGUUUGCUGAACAAGCCAAAUGAGAUUGAGCUACGCCGAAAUUGCGGAAAUAAAGUGGUUGAAGAAGAUGAGGAAUGCGACUGUGGUACCUUCGAGGAGUGUUCCAGUGACCCAUGCUGUGAUGGCAUCACUUGCAAAUUGAAAUCAGAGGCCCAGUGUGCCGGCGGUGCUUGCUGUGACCAAUGCCGCCUGCGCUCAAAGGAUUACGUUUGUCGUGACUCCAACAACAACGAGUGCGAUCUUCCCGAGUAUUGUGACGGGGAAGUUGGCCACUGUCCGGCGGAUGCCUUCAAAAAGAACGGCUCUCCGUGCGGAACUAGCAAGACUGGCGUCUCAGGUUAUUGCUUUCAAGGCUAUUGCCCCACGCUGAGUUUGCAAUGUGAGGCAAUAUGGGGUUAUGGCGGCUCCGCGGCAGAUCGCCAGUGCUACGAACAGUUCAAUUCGAAGGGCUCGAUCAACGGACAUUGCGGACGAGAUGCCAAUGAGCAUUACAUUAAGUGCGAACCCGAGAACGUCCAGUGUGGAACUCUGCAGUGCAAGGAUGGCGAACGACAGCCCACUAACGAUGGCAUUGACCAGCUCUACUCACGGACCAUCAUCUCGAUCAAGGGCCAGGAGUUCGAAUGCAAGGCGACCAGCGGUCAGGUGGGCUCCAAUAGCUAUCCGGAACAUGGCCUGGUCAAGGAUGGGACGCCCUGUGGUGAUAAUUUGAUUUGCCUCAACCAAACGUGUGUCAGUCUCUUUCCACACGUGGAUCAGACCAAGUGCCCGGUGAAUUCGCAGGGUCAAGAGUGCUCAGAACACGGCGUCUGCACGAAUACAAACCGCUGCCACUGCGAUAUGGGAUGGGGCGGCAACGACUGCAGUGCCAUCGUGCUGCUGACAACGGCACAGCCAACCGAUGCGCCCACCACGAGCAGCCCUAUCAAGAUGGAAAAGAAAGAAACCCCAUAUGAGAACUACCACGGCUCAAAUACAGUGUUCCUAGUCGGUGUUCUAAUGUCAGUUGUAGGGUUCGUUUUUAUAACAUUCACCUUGAUGGCAUUGUGCUACAGGCGAAAGACUACUACGCUAAAAUACGAUCCGCCCUAUUCGAAGAAACCGAUUGCGAAAAGUUACGGUGGAGCGGCGACGGCACCCAACCAUCAUUCCGUUGAAGAGGUCUCCUUGGAUGGAUCCAGCAAGUUAGUCUAUGCCAAUCAGACUGGCUUCAGGGACAAGGGAAUUCAUGGACGGCGCUACACGUCAUGUGGCGAGGACGAUCAGUCACAUGCAGAGAAGGGUAUAUUAAAGAAGCACGGCUAUGGCCUGGUGCACGGUGAGCAGCUGAAAGAUAAAUGGGGCGAUGACAAUCAGUCCGAUAACCUCGAGCUAAUAACCCAAGACGGCACCCUGGCCUCGACGAGCGGCGGUGCGGCGGCCUCGGAGGUGGAGCGAACCCUCAAGUCGCUCAACGGCUAUCACGAGGACAUUUUGGAGGCGCUGCGCAAUGCUGCCACGCAUCGUGGUACCGGAACCGGCAACACGCCCGUCGGCAGCGGCAGUUUGAGCGAGGAGAUGCUCCGCAAGACGCUGCAGGACUGCAACAACUCGCAGCUGGGCUACUCGGCCUCCGAACAGCAGCAGCAGCAGCAGCAGCAGUACAAGCGACAGAUCGGUUCCAAGUCGAGCUCGCGGGAGAAUAUCUGCGACAAUGCCGCCGUCCAUGCGAUCAUUCUCGACGGCAGCGGCGCCGGACUCGCUGGCAUGGGAUUGGGUUCGAGCCUCGGUGGCGGCGGCGGAUCGACGUCCAUGUCGGGGGGUAUGCCGCAUGGCGGGCAGUUGCUCCAUCACCAUCGGUCGCAGCAUCAGCUGCAUCAGCCAUCCUCCGGGGUGAUGCCAUUGCAGGCGCAACAGCAGCAGCAGCAGCAGCUGGACGAUGACGAUGCCCCGUCGACGGGACCGCUGCGAAUACGCAAUUUGGAGGACCUGAUCAGGCAGCUAGAGCAUCACUCGUCCCGUCACAUGAGUCCCAGCGGAUCCGAGGAUAUACGAAUGUCGGAAACAGAGGCCGAUCGACACUAUAGAUUAGAAAGUUCCGCAGCUUGUAGUGAGUCAUCUCAAGGCAGAAGCUGUCGUCCCCGUUCCGAUGAGGAGUCUCGAUUCACAUUCGGUGGACGCUACCGACAGCCGGCUUCGUCGGGACGCCACGCGCCGCACCAGUCGCAUUCACCCCACGCAUUCGGGCACCACACGCACCACUCCCAUGCCCACGGACACGCCACGCACGGUCCGCACUCGUCGCACCACUCAUCGCACACCCAUUUGCAGCAGGAUGACGAGGGCAUCUACGAGACCGCCGACCACCACGGCCAAGUGGUCGACGCUCGGCUCGACUGCCACGAGACACCAGAUAGCGAGAGUGAUGACUUUAUUCAAGCUCAACAACAGUUAGCCCGGUGGGCGAGUGAGGAUGUGGUAUCCGUCGUGGUAUUGGACCAGCCGCCAUCCGGUACAAUGUCGGAUUCCCAACCAUACAUCGACGUCGGACCCAUUUCGGGGGCUAUACAGCAGCAUCAUCAGCAGCAACAUCAGCAUCAGCAGCACCACGGCGAUCAUCAUCAAUCCUCCGCAGCGGCAGCGGCAUCGGGAUCGGCGGGAUCAGCGGGAUCAGCGGCGACGGGGGUAGCCAACAAUUCCAUAAUGGCUUUGCCAAUCGUCCCAAAUGGUAUAAGUGUAAGUCAGAGGGACUAUUAUCCAUCCCCGCCCUCAACGGAAACGGAAAGCAGUGGAAGUGUUAUCCAGCCGCCCAUUCGUCGCGGUUUGCCAUUAGCAGCAGCAGCGGCAGCAGACACGGCAAGUCAUCAUCAGCAGCAGCAUCAGCAGCAGCUACUUCAGCUGCCAAUUUAUCAGCAUCAGCAACAGCAUCAUCAUCCGCAGCAAUCAGGCGAUACCAGCAGCAGCAACAACAGUCAGUCCGAACAAAUCAUCGAGAAUGGCUGCUACCCGGAAUAUAAGCAUUGAUAUUGUUAUCUAAAUCAUCGGGAUAGGGAUCGGGUUGAGGAUCAGGAUCAGGAUCACUAUAUCCAGAAUCGCACAUAGAUCAACAAUCAAUUCAGUAACAAAAUCAGAAUCAGAAUCAGCCACGCCCACUCCACAUUCCACUCACAUGUGCCCGGAGCCAGCGCGCAGCUAGCUUUCUCUCUAAAUAAUGAAUAAAUGAAAUUUGUAUCGACCUUUAUGAUUACUUUAGCAUAGUUACAAAUACGUUGCUCGUGUAUAAGCACAUAAAUAAAUUUUAACUUUAAGUAGUUAAGUAUAUAAAUGUAAAUGUGAAGACAACAAAAAACCAAACUAGUUAACGUAAAAACAAAACCCAAGAACGAGAAGGAGUAAAAAGAAUUGAAGAAGAGAACAGAACCGAAAAAACAAACUUAACAAGCAACAAAAAAUGUGUAUUCUUAUGUGUGAGUGGUAAAUACAUAGCCAUACUUUAUUCAUAGAUUAAUAACAAUUAUUAAGUGAGUACAUCCCAAUUUAUAUUCAUACUCGUAAAGAUGAUGGAGAUACAACAACAGCAGAACAGCAACAGCAUUAACGAAAUAAAAGAUACAAAUUGGGAAAUAUUUACAUAUUUUUUGCAUACCUCGGACCAAGCAAUGCCAACGUUCGAGUAGGAAAAACUUUCGAGAAAAACACAAAAAAAAAAAACAAAUAAAACCAAAAAGCCAGUAAAAUUAACACAAAACGCAGCCUGUAAAUAACAAAACAAAAAAAAUUAAUAUUUAUGCUAGUUAGUAAAUUAUACGAUCCUUUGCUGGACGUGUAGAGAACUUGAACAUUUCGAUGGUCACGGAUAAGCGGCAGGAAAAAAACAAUUGUGCACUGGGCCCAGCCCGGGCUUUAAAAACCCCCUUAUUGGGGCAAUCUUACACCGACUGAUAGAAAAUUUUGGGCUAUAUUGCCAGUUCUCGUUCAAUAAUCUUAACAAAAAAAUAAGAAAUAAAAAAUAACAAAUAAAAAACCAAAAUAAAAACAAACACAACAAAACAAAAAUGCUAUAUACAUAAAUAAUUAAUAAUUCAAGAAAACAACAAAGAAAAACAGAAGAAAUUAAAUCGGAAAUAUUAAUAUCUGUAUGGUUAAAGUAUUGAAUAUGAUCAACAUAAAUUUAAGGAAAAUGCUAAUGUUAAUUUAUCGGUUUUGAAACAUCAGUAAUAUAUCGUAUUGUACCGUAAAUUAAGCCAUUUAGAAAGAAACGUAUGAAUUAAAAUUAUUUUCCAGCUUUA